AGAGUUAGGGGUUCCCAGGUCAGUAGCAAGGGCUUGAGUUUGAGAAAAGGAAAAACUUUAAGUCAAACUUCACACAGGCCUUUAUUGAUUAGCUGACACACAACACUUGCAUCUUUAAAGCAGUUCUGAAAAGUUGUGUGUUGUUCUACUUCCCUCAGAGCCACUGCGACUGCCUGCUCGAAUUGUGGCUCCUACAGCCUAUCACUGUCCUGAUUUCUGGUCUUAAGUGAGAAAAUGCUGGCACAUCUGCUGUCAUUCAGCCGCUCUCUGGUGAGAAGGAAAAAUGUGGACUGUCUGGAGGAUUCCAAGCUCUGUCGCUGCCUGUCCACAGUGGACCUCAUCGCUCUGGGUGUAGGCAGCACACUGGGCGCCGGGGUCUAUGUCCUUGCUGGAGAAGUCGCCAAAGGCAACUCCGGUCCUAGCAUCGUAGUAUCUUUCCUCAUAGCCGCUCUGGCCUCUGUCAUGGCAGGCUUAUGCUACGCUGAGUUUGGCGCGCGAGUGCCCAAGACAGGCUCUGCAUAUCUCUAUAGCUAUGUGACAGUAGGGGAACUCUUGGCCUUCAUUACGGGAUGGAACCUGAUUCUCUCAUAUGUUAUAGGGACCUCGAGUGUUGCCAGAGCUUGGAGUGGAACAUUUGAUGAACUAAUAGGAGGCCAUAUUGAACAAUUCUGCAAAUUACACUUCGGAAUGAGCAUGCCUGGCCUAGCAGAGUAUCCAGACUUCUUUGCGGCUUGCCUUAUAUUACUGCUAUCAGGUCUUCUCUCCUUUGGGAUUAAAGAGUCAGCAUGGGUCAACAAAAUCUUUACUGCCAUCAACAUACUUGUGCUUAUGUUCGUCAUUGUCUCUGGCUUUGUCAAAGGAGAUUCUUUCAACUGGAAGAUAUCAGAAGAAUCUCUUAUAAAUGUGACUAUUAUGACAAGAAAUCUGUCCUACAGUGGAAACGUUACCAGCGAUUAUGGUGCUGGUGGAUUUUUGCCUUAUGGCUUUGGUGGAACCUUGGCUGGUGCAGCUACAUGCUUCUAUGCCUUUGUAGGAUUUGAUUGCAUUGCCACCACAGGUGAGGAGGUGAAGAAUCCUCAGAAGGCUAUUCCCAUUGGGAUAGUUGCUUCCCUGCUGAUUUGCUUCUUGGCUUAUUUUGGUGUGUCUACUGCUCUUACCCUCAUGAUGCCGUAUUAUCUUCUUGAUGAGAAGAGUCCUCUGCCUAUGGCCUUUAACUAUGUUGGCUGGGGUCCAGCGAAAUAUUUGGUGUCAGUGGGAUCCCUGUGUGCACUAUCAACCAGCCUGUUAGGCGCCAUGUUUCCUCUGCCACGCAUUCUGUUUGCCAUGGCGCGAGAUGGCAUACUUUUCAGGUUUCUUUCCAAAGUGAGUAAGCGUCAAUCACCAGUGGCUGCCACAAUGGCAGCAGGCACCACAGCGGCUAUCAUGGCUUGCCUUUUUGACCUAAAAGCCUUAGUGGACAUGAUGUCCAUCGGCACUCUGCUGGCAUACUCUUUGGUUGCUGCUUGUGUUCUUAUUCUCAGGUAUCGUCCUGACUCUGUGCUUGAGAGCUCGAAAACUAAUGAGAUCAGGGAGUCUGAGCUGACUGAGUCUGAGUCUCAUCUCAAUAGGCUGAGAGAUGGAGAAAUGUCUGUGCACAUUCUCCUCAGUCCUUCCCUGCAGCCCACAAAGAGCUCAUCCACUGCUGUUAACAUGGCUAUUGGGGUCAUUACUAUCGUAGUGUGUGUCAUGAGUGCACUAAUUACACAUUAUGGACAAGCUAUUCUUGCUAUGGAGCCCUGGGUCCUGGGAGUGUUGGCAGCAUCCUUUUUCAUCUUUUUCUUGUGUAUCACCUUGGUCUGUAGACAACCGCAGACCAGCAAAAAGGUGUCGUUCAUGGUUCCCUUGCUCCCCUUUCUGCCCAUUCUGAGUAUAUUUGUCAAUGUUUACCUCAUGUUGCAGCUGAGUGGAGACACAUGGAUCCGAUUUUCUGUUUGGAUGACUAUGGGUUUCCUUAUUUAUUUCGGUUAUGGGAUGUGGCACAGCAGCGAACGCCAGAGGCAACGGCAGAGCACUGAAAAUGUACCAGAAAAACAGAGGAUGUUUGUAAAGGACGGUGUUGUGGACAAAUGCAUCCAAUCAGAGAAGACCAGCCAGCUUUAAAGAAUGGAUUGCUGUUUAUAGCUGAUUUUGCCUUAAAACUCUGUGUGUAGCAAACCAUCGCGCUUUACCAGCUGAGAGCCCAGCUCUCCUCUGAGCCCAGUGUCAGGCAUGCACUGACACUGCUUUCUCUCUGAAGAGCUUAAGAUUAAUCCUGACAUGAACACUGUGAUUUUUGAAAUAUGUAUGAAACAUGAUCAUACAAGUAUAAGACUAAGAAGUGCCUUAACUCGAAAGGAGGAUUGAAUUUCACACAUUAACCGAUUAACUGUUAACACUACAUCUUCAAUAGAAUAAGGCAUUUCAGAUGCAUGGAGAAUAGUUGGGUUAAAGACCAUUAGCCACAACAUGGGUAGUGUCAGAUUUGAAUAUGUUUUUCAUUAUAAUUCCCCAUAAGCUA